GAGACCUAUAGGGACCCAUAGAGACCUAUAGGGACCUAUAGAGACCUAUAGGGACCUAUAGCGACCCAUAGAGACCCACAGAGACUCCAUCCGGACCCACAGCUCUGCCCCAUGGCUCGCCCUGCCCCCCCCAACCCCCCCGGCCCCACAACCGCCGCCCUAUGGCUGCUGCUGCUGCUCGCAUGUGGAGCUGCUGCUGAGGAGGAGGAGGAAGAAUGGCCAGCCUGCGGCUCCGCGCAUGCGCCGGGGCGGGGCCGCGUGGUGGGCGGGGCCGGGGCGGAGCCGGGGGCGUGGCCUUGGCAGGUGAGCCUCGAACUGGGGGGGGAGCAUCGAUGCGGGGGGAGCCUGGUGAGCCCCCAUUGGGUGCUCAGUGCUGCGCACUGCUUCCGGGGCGCCCCCGGAGCACGUGACCCCUCCUCGUGGCGCGCGGUCCUGGGCAGGCUCCGCCUCCCGGCGCGCGCGGGGGGGGGGGGGGGCGUGGCCGAGGGGGAGCAGUCCCUCCACGUGACCCGCGUGGUGACGCACCCGCGCUUCCGCCACGUGAGGCGGGGUCACGACCUGGCCCUGGUGCGCCUGCGCGGGGCCGCCCGCCUGGGCCCCCACGUGGGCACCAUCUGCUUGCCCCGCCCACUGACCGCGCUGCCUUAUGGGAGCCAGUGCUGGGUGACCGGCUGGGGUCACGUGGGGGAGGACGUUCCCCUCCCCCCCCUGUCCCCCCUCCAGGCCCUGCCCCUCCCCCUGCUGAGCUCUGACGUCUGUAACUGUCUCUAUGGGAGGCUCCAGCAGAGGUCCCUGCGGCGCCCGGCGCGUCCCAGCAUGCUCUGCGCGGGGGGCGUGGCCGGACAGGGGGCGUGUCAGGCUGACUCCGGAGGCCCCAUCCAGUGUCGCUCCUCCCUCGGCCGCUGGUUCCAGGCCGGUGUCCUCAGCUUCAGCCUGGGCUGUGGGCGGCUCCCGGCCCUGGGCCCUGCCCUGCCCCCACACUCACUGUGGCUGCAGCAGCUGCUGCCCCCGGAGGCCUUCAUGAGAGUGGGGGAGGGGACAGAGACAGCGACUGAGGACGGGAUCUGCAGGGGCUGCGGGAUGUGGGGCGGCCCCACACUGACGCCCCCCAGCGAUGGGGCCUGGCCCUGGUCUGUGCUGCUGCUGCUUGGGGGGCAGCCCCAUUGCUGGGGGGCACUGGUGAGCGAGGAGUGGGUGCUGAGUGCGGCACAGUGCUUCAUAGGCCACCAGGACCCCUCCGAUUGGUCGGCCCUCCCCCUUGCCCUGCGCGACAACGUCACCUCUGACGUCACCGGCCCCGCCCCUCACGUCGCCUCUGACGUCACGGGCCCCGCCCUGCACGUCGCCAGGCUCCACCUCCACGGCGCCUACGUGGGCGGGGGGCGGGGCCCGGACGUGGCCCUGCUGCGGGUGACCCCGGUGACCCCGAGCGCGGGGGUCAGGACCUUGUGCGCCCCCUACCGGUCACACCGGGACAGCAACGGGAGCCGGUGCUGGGGGAUGGGGGCGGAGCCAGGCUCCCUCAGCCCCACAGAUGUUCUCUCUAUGGAGGUCUCCCUACCAGGCCCCUGUGAGACCCCAACCAAUGACACUGUCUGUGUGACCCCACUGCAGGACAGCGGCGGCCGCCAGCCCGUUCCCGGCUCCCCAUUGGCCUGCGUGGACGGGACCACGUGGUUCGCGAUGGGCGUGGCCUCUCCCAUGGCCCCGGAGGGGGGGGAGCGGCUGUUCCGGUACACGAGCACCCCCCCCCUGGAGCGCUGGCUCCGAGGCCUGUCCCGGCUGAUCCACUUCAAUGACAACCCCCCCCCGGAGGGGGAGGAGGACGAGUGGGAGGACGAGCCCAUUGCCAGCGGGGGGGGGGACCCCGAGGCCGUGGGGGGGGCCUGA